AUGGAAAAGACGGCCAAAUUCAUUGAAAGAAUAGUCGAUUGAAAAUCAGCUGCUUAACUCAAUAACAUACAAUAAAGUUGGUUCCACCUCUUAGUGCUCAUCCUCAUACUAAUUACUACUCAUACUUCAUAAAAAAAAGAUCACAUUGGACGAAAAUUGUGAAAUGUGAACGAUAUUGAAAUAUAACUCAUCAGCAACUUUGCAAAUGUUGUCUUAGGACGCAUACUGCAUAGCCAGUUACGUAUACACCGUUUUCAUACACAACUGUUCAUAAUAUAAUUAUCUAAAGACUAAGAUGAACGUAACCUCAGACAUCGUACCCGAAGUACAGCCGGGUGUGUUUACCCAUAACUCGUACACAAUUUUGAGCAAUUUUGAAUCUGCUAAUCUUGCUCGGGUGAAAUAUGUCUGCAAACAAAUUCCAGGCGUUGAUGAAGAUUUGGAAUUUCAUUUAUGGACAAACCCAGACUGUGGUGGCACAGAGUUUGAAUGCAACUACAAGUCAUGGUUCUACUUUGCCUUAAAAGGAGGCAUUCCUGGUAUGCAUGUAAGAUUAAACAUAGUGAGUUCAAAUAAUCAAAGUAAAAUGUAUAGUCAAGGCAUGACUCCUGUAUUUAAAGUUGAUUUAGGAAAAUCAGAUAAAUUAAAUGAAAAGUUUUGUAAAGCAUCCUGGUCAAGAAUAAAAGAAAUACCAACUUAUCAGAUAAACAAUAAUCAAGAAUUUGUGUUGAGUUUUAGUCACCGUUCUUUGAAAAAUGUUGAAGCUACAACAUAUUAUGCUUUUACUUAUCCUUAUACUUACACUGAGUUAUGUAACAGCUUAAGUUUUUAUGAAAAACAAUUUCCAUUACCAUCAGAUUUAAGAGAAAACAAUGAGAAGGAUGUUUAUUUUUAUCGAGAAACUAUAGUAAAAUCCUUAGAAAAUCGUUCUGUGGAUUUAUUAACUAUUAGUUCCUUUAAAGGUAUUUCAGAAGAAAGGGAAUGCCGUUUAUUUGGAUUAUUUCCAGAUGAAAAACCUAGGUCACAUGUUUUCAAAAAUAAAAAGGUCAUAGUAAUGAGUGCUAGAGUGCAUCCAGGUGAAACACCUUCUAGUUUUGUGAUGAAUGGUUUGAUAAAAUAUUUAAUUAGUAAGGAUGAACAAGCUGAUAUACUACGUCAAAAUUAUGUUUUCAAACUAAUUCCUAUGCUAAAUCCAGAUGGAGUAGCUAGAGGAUUUUAUCGUACAGAUACUAGAGGUUGUAAUCUCAACCGGUUUUAUCUGAAACCAUCUUUGAAACUUCAUCCAUCUAUUUAUGCUGCCAGAUCAUUGAUCUUAUAUCAUCACCUUGGAUAUGAAUUACGAGAUGAGUUAAUUGAAGAAAAUUCAGCAUCAAUUUUUUGUAGUUCAUCCAAUAAUGAUGAUGAAUUAAAUACUAAAAUGACACCAACAAUUUUAAAUAAUGAUGUAGAUUCAUUGAAUGUCUUAUUAAAGAAGAGUCAAUUGUGUACAGCUGAUUGUUUUACAAAUAAAGGCAUUGACUCAGGAUUAUAUUUAUAUGUUGAUUUUCAUGGCCAUGCAUCCAAAAAAGGGAUAUUUAUGUAUGGAAAUAAUUUCGACAACAUUAUUGAUAACAUUGAAUGUAUGGUUUAUCCCACACUUAUGACUAUAAACAAUCAAAACUUUCAUUACACUUCUUGUAAUUUCAGCAAGCAUAAUAUGUAUUCUAAGGAUAAAAAAUUUGGUCUAAGUAAAGAAGGAAGUGGUCGAGUAGCUGUUCUUAAAUAUACAGGUCUCAUACGCAGUUACACAUUAGAAUGUAACUACAAUACUGGCAGAUUUGUUAACUAUAUUCCUCCUAAAGUACAUUUUGUUUCUGAGAGAAGACCUAUCCAGAGUGUUAUUCCACCAAAAUUUACACCAACCGUUUUCGAGCAGGUUGGAAAAUCAUUGGCAAUUUCAAUUUUGGAUUUAUCAAAUUUAAAUCCAAACAGUCGGUUAGAUAGCAGUGAAUUUAAAUCAUUAGCAGGAUUAAGGGAGCUGUUACGUUCAAAUAUUAUUAACAAUUGUAGCCGUAAUCGACGAUUAGGAUCAAAAUCUACCAGCAACAUAAAUGUUGAUACACCAAUUACAUCAAAACAAAUAAAGAAAUCUUCAAUAUCAUAUGAUCUGAUGAAUCCAACUACAUCCAAAUUAUUGCAACCCAUUAUGACUAUUGCUGUAGCACCAAAAAGUAAAUCAAUCCCACUACGUAAAACUAUGAAAAAAAGUGGGAUAUUAAAAAAAAAUCAAAAAAAACGGAAGAUGACACCAAGCAAACAAAAAGCUGUUGCAAAUACUGCAGAAAAUAUAAUAUUUUCCAUACAUAAUUGUCCCUAGUAUAAAAUAUAAUAUACAUUAUUUAUUUAAAAAAAAAAAUUAGGAAACUUUAAAAGUUGUUAACUUUUUUGGAUCACAGCCAUUUAAAUUAACAUAUAAAUAUAAUCCUUAAUCAAGGCCUUUAUUGGUAUUGAACAUUAUUAAAUCUUCUUUAAGAAAACAUUUAAUAAAUCUAAAUUAUUAUUUAAAAUUGUUGGUUUCAUUUUAGUUUGUUCGACAUAAUACCUAUACAAUACAAUAUUGUUACAAGCAAGUAUUUUAUUUUAGUAAUUAAUUUAUCAUCAAUAUCUAAUGUACUUAAAAAAGUUAAUAAUGUUGAAUUUGUUGUUUCCAAUACAUUUGAAUUCUUUCAGUUAGAUCACCUCGUUUACUCGUAUCCAAUGUGAUGAUGCAAGAUCUAAUACAACAAUUUAAAAUUAUGGCAAUUAGAAAAAAAUUGAUUUUACACCAUUGCACAAUUUAAGUGAGAUGUGGUAAAAUAAAUAUACACCUAAUUUAUUUUCUGAGAAUAACAUUAAUUGUAUGAUUUAAAUAAACUACUAUUUACAUAAUAGCGUACUUCUUAAAUAUUUAUUAUUAUUUUGUGUUUGUAUAAAUCUUAUAUAUAUCAAGGACUUUAAUUUAAUUAGGUGCUAUACUAAAUAAUGAUCUAUUUAAAUUUAUUUAUUAUUUUUUUUAAAUAUUUUUCUCAAAUAUCCUAAUGUUUUUUUCAUUCUUAAAAGUUUCUUUAAGACUGUUAGUUUAUUAUUUAAUAAUUUAAUCUUGUUGUUUUAUUUAUAGUUUUAUAUAUUUUGAAAUAAAAGAAUGAUGUUAGUGUUUGUUUAACUAAUAGACAUAUUAUAUAUGAUGUGUUUGUUUUAUUACAGAAUUUUUAAAUAAAAGGACUAAUAUA